CAUGACCAUGUCGCAGCCUGACCAUUUCUUCAACAAAUAUCUACUACUUUUUCUUCUACUGAACCAUUGUUAUACUUAGUCCAAGAUGCAUGCAGGCUUGAGCCUCGUCCUUGUCUCCGUUCUCUGCGGUCAGACUUUGGGGUUUGCCUGGCCCUUCACAGCUUUUGCAGCUACAUUUGCAAACCAAGAUACCCCUGAAUCUGAAUCUGACUCUGAUGAAUCAGGCCAUAGGAGUGUCGCCAUCAUAGGUUCGUCAUUUUGAUCCCGUUUUAUCUAAUUUUCGUCGUCAUUUUUCUAUUGUUUGUUUCGUUUGGACGUUUUUCUUUUCCCGUCUUUCCUAUUUAGGACUCUCAGGAAUGUGUUAGUGGCACGGAACUUCCGGAAGAGAUCUGUUAGAUUAAUUUCACGCUUCUAAUAUCCCUAUAAAACAAAGCUUGAUAGCCUUUCUAUUCAAGCCUAUUUGCAAUUACGAGUGGAAACCCAAAGCUUUAGAAGUUGAAGCUGUACAAGUCGGUAAAAGCCCAGCUAAUCAGUUGCUCCGUAGGCGCCGGUGCUGGCGGAUCUGCUACCGCUUAUUAUCUCCAACAAUUUGCUGCAGAGUCCGGGAUUGACAUUGAUAUCACCGUUUUUGAGAAAGAGUCCUACAUCGGCGGACGAACAACAACAGUCAACGCUUAUGGCAAUCAUCUAGAGCCUGUUGAGCUCGGAGGAAGCAUUUUCGUCGAAGCCAAUGAGAUUCUCAAGAAUGCCACUGCCAAAUUUGGCCUUAGUACUGAGGGAGCAAUAACCCAGGAGUUCGAGGAUAUCGUUGGAAUCUGGAAUGGUGAAAAGUUUGUUUAUACCACGAAAGAUAGCGACUCGCAGUGGUGGGACAUUGCUAAACUAGUGUGGAAAUAUGGAUUUGCUCCUAUCAAAACUCAGCGUUUGAUGCAAACUGUCGUUGGCAGAUUCAAACAGAUUUAUACAGCACCCUUCUUCCCUUUCAGAUCAUUAUCAGAGAGAGCUCAGGACUUGGACUUGCUAUCAGCGACGUCCCUGACCGGAGAACAAUUCCUGGAAAAGAACGGAGUGAGUACUUACGACCCUUUCUCUGAGCCUACUAACUCCUGAGAGAUCUCUGGUGGCUUUACCACGGAUAUCAUUCAAGCUAGCACACGAGUCAACUAUGGCCAGAACUUGGGUUUAAUUCAUGGUCUCGAGACUAUGGUUUGUAUGGCCAUCGAGGGUGCCAUGUCCGUAGACGGCGGUAACUGGCAGAUUUUCGAUAGCAUGGUAAAGCACUCCAAUGCUACUCUUCAUCUUAACAGCACGGUAAACUCUAUCACCAAAAGCAAAGGCAGAUACAGGUUAAACACUACUUCGAUCGAUGCCAGCUCUGAGGAAACCCAGCGAAGUACCGCUUUUGAUACAAUUGUCCUUGCUGCACCUUACAAGUAUGCCAAGAUCAACGUCGAGGAAGGCCUGUUGAAGAAAAUACCAGACACGGUUCCUUAUGUUUCCCUUCACGUCACUUUGUUCACCAGUACUCAUAGAUUUAGCCGAGACUUUUUCAACCUCGGACCAAACGCUGAAAUCCCAAGCACUAUCCUCACAACCCUUUCACCCGAUGAGGUUCUCGCCAAUCCCGAGAAAGGUGUUGGAAAAGCCGGAUUCUUCAGCAUCAGUACUUUACGAACUGUCAUUAACCCGGAGACUCUGAAGAUGGAAAGCCUGUAUAAGAUCUUUUCUCCCGAACCUGUUACGCCCGAAUUCCUUGCCAAACUUUUUGGUACAGAGAGUAAGUAUUCCCCGCAAAAGCCCUUCAACCAUCACUAACAUUGCACAGUGCCAGUCGAUCUCAGCAAAGUCACAGCAGACAGCGGAGACGCCAUCACAUGGUACUACCCACACGUCUGGAACUCCUACCCGUACGAGUACCCCCGCGUAACAUUUGAAGAAACCGAGCUCGCCCCCGGAUUCUACUACACUAGCGGCAUGGACUCCUUCAUCUCCACCAUGGAAACUAACGCACUGAUGGGGAUGAACAUUGCUCGGCUAGUUGUCGAUGAUUACCUCCCAGCAGAACAAGCACAAGACGAGCCCAAAUUGCUGGAACAGAAGCCUCUAGGUAGUGAGAACGGGGCUGAGUUGUGAGUUUGUGUGGCUCUAGUUGUACGAUAUCUUGGUUGUAUGUAUAUUAAGAGGUUUUAGGACCCGGAUUUGGAUCGUCAUUCUUAUGGUACUUGGGUGUUUUAGUUUUCUUUCUUUUGUUUUUAGUUGGGUUGAUA